AGUGUGUUUCCCUACAGACUGGGGGACUGACCAAGUCACCCUUUCCAGACAGGAGCUUCUGACAUGGGGGCUCUUCUGUGGUUACUUCUUCUGCUGCUUCAGGAAGCCAAAGGGUUUUCUGGAGAUGAUGAGGACCCUGAGGAAGUGGUUGCAGUCCUUCAAGAGUCUAUCAACCUCUCUUUGGAAAUACCAUCCAGUGAAGAGGUUAAGAACAUCAUCUGGACCUCUCAGAAAAACCUUGCCGAAGUGAUGCCAGGCAGAGAGGGACAGCCAGCCACAAUCAUCGUGAUGGAUCCUCGCUAUGGGGGCAGAUUGGUCCUCACAGAGUCUGGCUACUCCUUGUGUAUCAGAAAUCUGACCUGGGAGGACUCAGGGCUUUACCAAGCUGAAGUCAACUUGAAGACAUCUGAGCUCUGUAUCACCAAGUCUUACUAUCUCCGUGUCUACCGGCGGCUGUCAAAGCCCCACAUCACUGUGAACUCUGCGAUUUCCGAGGAAGGUGCCUGUAAUAUAUCCCUGAUGUGCUCUGUAGAGAAAGCAGGCAUGGAUGUGACCUAUAUCUGGCUCUCAUCACAGGACAGCAUUAAUGCAUCCCAUGAAGGCUCUGUCCUCAGGACAUCCUGGAGGCCUGGUGACAAAACCCUUUCCUAUACUUGCUGGGUCAGCAACCCCAUCAGCAACUCCAGUUCCCGCAGCAUUCAUGUUGGGUCCUUCUGCGCAGAUCCUGGCUACCCGGAGAAGCCUUCAAUGUUCUGCGUUCUGGCCAAGGGCUUGCUCCUUCUCUUACUCUUGGUAAUUCUAGCUGUGGGACUCUUCAUCUGCCAAGCCUGGAAAAAACGUGAGAUGUCAAGGGUGAGGAAUCUCAGGAGAAACCGCAUCAAACUAAGGAAGAAGGGGAAGCCUGGCCCUAACCCAGUCUGACUGGCAUUUAAGGGCCUCUGUUCUGAGCUUUGUUUCAGUCUCCAGGGAAAGCCUUGUGGAGACAGGCGGGGGAGGGGAUCAGACUUGAACACCUAUGAGGGCCGUAUUCCCUGAGAGACACCAUCUGACCAUAGAGUCCAGUCCCCAUCUCUUUGGAGGGGCUGUGCUUGGUGUUUCCAUUUGUGCUGGGCAGCCCAGGAAAAAUCUGUUUCCUGCCUUCGCUACCUGUCCAGGCAUCUUUACUGAAGCCCAUGCCCCAUCACAGGCUUGCCUUUGGGCGGGGAAAAUGAAGCUGAAGACCGCAUUAGAGUGAAGCAUUUGUGUUUACUACAUGCAAACCAUCUCCACCAACCCAAAUCUUUAUAUACUCCAAACUACACGAGAGGCUUUCUCGGCUAACUGAACUUGUGAGCCCUAAAGGACUGCCAUUCACUCAGAAUUCUGCCUGAAUGUCCUGCCUAAUGGGCUCUUUGCUCUCCUGCUCCAUCCUCAUUCUAGCAAAGAAACUGAACUCUUCUACCCAGCGUGCCAAGUCUACAGAAGCUGUCCCACAGAAAGGUGGGAGGGGCCCCUGCUCAGUCCUCUGGGUUAUAGUUAAACUUGGUGACCUCUGAUACCUCCCUGAUGCCAGCUGCUUUGAGCCCUGCUGCUCACCUGGCAGGAGUGACAGCUUGCAGGAUCAAUUGCCAAGAUCUUGGACUCUUGACUUUUGUUUCAGGUUGACAUUGUUCAGCUGGGUGUGGUGGUGCUCACCUUUAAGCCCAGCCCUUGGGAGGCAGAGGCCAGUGGAUCUCUGCGUAUAAAACCAGCCUGAUCUACAAAUUGAGUUCCAGGACAGUCAGAGGCUACAGAGAGAAAUCCUGUCUAAGUUGAUUGGAAUCUUGAAUCAAUGUAGAGCUCUUUGCAUUUGCUCUUUCCAUAGCCCUAUGUCUGAUGUGCCUAUCCGAUUAUUUUUCCCCAAAUCAGAUCUCGUGUAUUUUACUUAGGCCAAAUGCCAGGGUUCAGGGGAGGAAGGAGUACAAGAAAAGCCACUCAAUCAGUAGGACAGGGGUAAGUAAGAAAUGAAUCGGUCGAGGUGAUGUAGGAUACACCAAGGAGGGAACUGAGUGAGAUCUUAGGACACUUAGGUUUUGCUCAGCCACUUUGCCCUUGUUAGGAUACUGUGCUUACCCAACAGGCUUGGGGCACAGUUCAGUUCCACAAAGAACACAUAAUUGAAUGGAAGACAUAGGAACUUCUUGGAGUUCUUACGGAGACUCUGUUUCCACCAAGUUGGUAUCUGAUGGGAUCCCUGCAGAGCCUUGAAAGAGGUUCCUGAAAGGUAGGAAAAGAGCCACGUGGCAUGAUGUCCUUCUUGUCUUUGAGGAAGCUGUUGAUCUCCAAAGUGUCUUCCAAGAAUAAGACCAUGAAGUCUGUGGUAGAGGAAGAUGCAACAGGGGACCCGUAGAGACCAAGGACACUUGGCUUUCAGGAAAGCAGGGCAUAUGAUCUGGCAACUAGGGCAGUCUAGGAAGAGGCUCUGUGAGAGCAGAGGACAGAUUCAGAAGCCAAGUCCGUGCGCACGAAGAACACCCCUGGGUUUCUGUGAAGGAGAUGGGAUCUCUCGGAGCUUGAGUAGGUAGGAUGUGGUGAGGUCGAAAACUAGCCCCCACUGAACUCCCAAGACUGCAACCUGAUCUAUACCAUUGUCUCAGAGCCAGGGCCCUUGACCCUCUAGAAAGCAGUCGCUGGCCUGAGACUGGUCAUCUGGACCUCCUUUAGGUCUUGAACAGUCUUGUCUUCAAAAAAGGUCUGUGGCCUCAGCUUCCAACACUUUCCAUGACUGUCAUAAGAGGUGCCACUUCAAGGUGAGGACCUGCCUGGGAAACCCACCUGGAGUCCAGUUUAUCCUUAGAGGGAUUGCCUAUUUCUCAUGUCUUUUAGGAGUUGGCAUAGUGAAAGCAAAUAGAGGAAUGAAUGGUCCCUGUGUAGCUGGUCCAGGGAUCUCCCUGGAGUUGGCAGAGUCCCUUCUUCUCAGAGCCAGUCUCUGAAUAGAGAAAGCCCAAAACAGCCUGGAAAAGGAAGGCUGAAACCUCAAAGAGAGUGUACCCUCAGGAGCCAGGGUAGCAACCUGGCAGUGUGCUGUAAGAUGCCCUUACUCGCUGUUUGAAACAGGUUAAUGCAAACUGCCACCAAGCUUGUCACCGUGAUGAUAAUGGACUAAACCUCUGUGUAUG